GAGGAAGAUACGUUCUUCGCUCUAUUUGAUUACCAUCUUGGUCCUCAUCCUUACUGGUUGGUAUAUAUUUUUUAAAACCAACAUAGAACACCCAGAACUCAUCCAAAAGCAAGACUUAAUUCAAAGUUUCCAACAGUACCGUUAUAUCAAAUUCGAAGGAGUGGAUUUUCAAGACUUGCUUGCCAUAAUAAAAGGCACCAUUGGUCAAAAUCUACAAAUACGCAUCACUCAUGAUCCGCAAACCAAGAAAUCACUCGUCGCCGUAAAUUACACCGAAUGGGAUUUUCCAAAAAUUAUUGACAUUUCGAAAGCCAGAGGGAGAAAUCCGUCGAAGAAAUACGCCUACGUGGAUUAUCAAUACAAUGACCAACUUUCGACAAACACUCGUUCGUUUCUUAGCCUUUGUGCGCAAGCUGGAAGAACCGGGCGGAAAGUGGUCAGGCCUUUUGUAAAACAGACAAAACUUAGUUCUGACCAAUCCUGGUUCCUUUUGGAAACUUAUUACGAUGUGAAGCAAUUAGAUGGCCUGCUAGCAGCCGCUGGUUACGCGACACUUGUGGAUACGGCGGAAUACUUGAAGGAAUGUCCACCCAACAGCCCUGAUCAUGUAAGCGUACAUUUCAUUGACAAUUCACAAUCAUCAAUGGGAUUCACUAAAGCGAAUCUUCGCUUGAAGGAAGAUUACUAUAAGGCGAUCUUAAAAAACACCACCCAAAAAGGUUGGACGGAAUGCACAUUUCUUGACAGAGCUAGGAAGCGAAUUCCUGGAAAACAAUUUUGUGUCAACGGAGAUAUUAUAAAAGAUUGGAAAGUAUUCGAAAAAGAUAUCGUUAAAAAUGAAAAGUGUCUUAAUAUAUUCAUAUGGAGAGGAAUAGAGGUUCACGUUUAUGAUUAUCGUUUGAAGUUCAGCGAAGAUGGCAUGAAGUAUUCCUCAAUUGAUCUUGCAUAUGCGUUGAGACCUGGUCAGUCCGUCAUCAACGAAGUCGAGCGUUUUGCGAAAGAGGCGCUAGCUGAGAACUAUAUUGCGGUGUAUGUGCGUAGUGAGUUUAUGCUGCGAGAAUUCUCUAUGGAUUAUCUUCGAAACUGUAUUGAUCUGGUGCUCGAGGUUUGUAUUUGUAUUUUGAAUUUCCCAAAUAGAGACGAACUGCCCAAUAGGGACUCGGAUGGGACGGAGCCAAGUGCUCGUAUCAGAGAAAAGUAUUAAGUGUAAAACGUCAUUUCAGAACUAUACUAAGAGAUAUUAAAAACUAGAUUCAUGUUAUUCUGACACUGCAAGAAACGACGAAAAAUACUGUAUUAGAGAGAAGUCCCUAUAUAAACAGAAAGGUGUCUAUAUUUGAGUGGUGUCGGUGUUAGGGAGGUGUCGGUGUUAGACAGGUGACCGCAUUGGAGAGAUGACCGUAUUGGAGAGAUAUCGUAUUAGACAGGUGUCCGUACUAGAAGGUGUCGGUACUAGAAGAGAGGUGUCCGUAUCAGAGAGAACUUACCAACUUACCAACUUACCAACUUACUAACUAACUAACUAACUAACUAACUAACUAACUAACUAACUAACUAACUAACUAACUAACUAACUAACUAACUAACUAAGUAGAGAGUUGUCCGAGAGGUGUACGUAUUAGAGAGGUGUACAGACGUAUUAGAGAGGUGUCCGUAUUAGAGAUGUGUACGUAUUAGAGAGGUGUACGUAUUAGAGAGGUGUACGUAUUAGAGAGUUGUACAGACGUAUUAGAGAGGUGUCCGUAUUAGAGAGGUGCACACGUAUUAGAGAGGUGUCUGUAUUAGAGAGUUGUACGUAUUAGAGAGGUGUGCGUAUUAGAGAGUUGUACAGACGUAUUAGAGAGGUGUCCGUAUUAGAGAGAUGUACGUAUUAGAGAGUUGUACAGACGUAUUAGAGAGGUGUCCGUAUUAGAGAGGUGUGCGUAUUAGAGGUGUGCAGACGUAUUAGAGAAGUGUCUGUAUUAGCGAGGUGUACAGACGUAUUGGAGAGGUGUCUGUAUUAGAGAGAUGUACAGACGUAUUAGAGAGGUGUGCGUAUCAAUUAGAGAGAUGUGCAGACGUAUUAGAGAGGUGUCUGUAUUAGAGAGGUGUACAGGCGUAUUAGAGAGGUGUCCGUAUUAGAGAAUUGUACGUAUUAGAGAGAUGUGAAGACGUAUUAGAGAGGUGUCUGUAUUAGAGAGUUGUACGUAUUAGAGAGAUGUACAGACGUAUUAGAGAGGUGUCCGUAUUAGAGAGGUGUACGUAUUAGAGAGAUGUACAGACGUAUUAGAGAGGUGUCCAUAUUAGAGAGGUGUGCAGACGUAUUAGAGAGGUGUCCGUAUUAGAGAGGUAUACAGACGUAUUAGAGAGGUGUCCGUAUUAGAGAGGUGUACAGACGUAUUAGAGAGGUGUCCGUAUUAGAGAGGUGUACAGACGUAUUAGAGAGGUGUCCGUAUUAGAGAGGUGUGCAGACGUAUUAGAGAGGGUGUCCGUAUUAGAGAGGUGUACAGACGUAUUAGAGAGGUGUACAGACGUAUUAGAGAGGUGUCCGUAUUAGAGAGGUGUGCAGACGUAUUAGAGAGGGUGUCCGUAUUAGAGAGGUGUACAGACGUAUUAGAGAGGUGUCCGUAUUAGAGAGGUGUACAGACGUAUUAGAGAGGUGUACGUAUUUGAAAAGUGUACGUGUUAGAGAGGAGUGCAUAUUAGAGAGGUGUACGUAUUAGAGACGUGUAUGUAACACGCUUUAUAAAUAUAUAUAUUCUAUCCAUAAUAGGUUUUGGUGGCUCUAAAAAGUACCACUGGUUUAUCCCAUGUUUUCGUCGCCACCGAUAUGGGUGACUACGGUUCCGCUUGGCUUGUCCGUUAUCGGCACAUGGAACAUCUCGACGGAAACUUCUUCAAACUUAUCCAUGAUCAUAUAGUUGAAAAAUCCCAAGGGAUGACUUACAACCCUGCGUCUCACGUUCAAGAUCGCGGCGUGAUAGCACUUGUUGAUCUGACUUUGAUCUCUCGCGCGCAGUAUCUUAUAAGCGCCGGAAAGGGCACAUUUCAAGAGUGGAUUGGAGCGAAGUUCUUAGAGAAUCAUCGUAAUGAAGCACAGUUAUGGUCAAAAAUUACUGUGUGUACAUAA